AUAGUUCAUUCACAGUUUUCUCCAUACAACCGGCUGCGGCUUCUUUAGUCAUUAAUAAAAUAAAUAAUUGCAAUCGCUAAACUCUAACUAAAAUAAAAAAAUUUGCAAAUAAUAAUGGGCGUUGAAGUUGAAAAAAUCGGAGACACCAACAAUGUCGAAUUAACUGAAGCUGAAAACGAGCUAUACGAUCGACAAAUUCGUCUUUGGGGGUUAGAAUCUCAGAAGCGCCUUCGCACUGCAAAAGUUCUUAUAUCUGGAUUAAAUGGAAUUGGAGCUGAAGUUACAAAGAAUAUAAUUCUGUCGGGUGUGAAUUCAGUUAAAUUACACGAUGACAAAGUCGUCACAGAGGAAGAUUUUUGCUCACAAUUUUUGGCGUCCCGAGAUUCACUCGGUGUCAAUAGAGCUACAGCAUCUGUCGAACGUGCCAGACAUCUUAACCCUAUGGUUGAAAUUUCAAUUGAUACAGAACCUCUGAGCACUAAGGGUGAAUCAUUCUUUGCCCAAUUCGAUGUGGUUGUGGUCAUAGGUUUGCAGGAGUCUGAAUUGAUUCGUGUUGACGAGAUUUGCCGCAAAAAGAAUAUUAAAUUCUUCUGUGGGGACGUUUGGGGAAUGUUUGGAUAUUGCUGUGCUGACUUACAAAAACAUUCGUUCAUAGAGGAUACUGUGAAGCAUAAAGUUGUGUCUGAGCCAAACCAAAAGACCAAGACAGAACUUGUCACCACAACAGUACAAAGAGAAUUGGAAUUUCCACCAAUUAAAGAAGUAUUAGAUUUCGACUACAAGUCGGCAGGUUACCAGAAAACCUUGAAACGAAAGGGACCAGCAUUUUUGGUUUUACGUAUUUUGCAAAAAUUCCGUGAGCAAUUCCAAAAGGAUCCUUCUUAUCAGAGUCGCGAGAAGGACAUUAUUGAAUUGACUAAAAUUCGUGAUGAAUUAAGCAGUGAAAAUGUUGUUCCUACAUCUUGCUUUACAAAUGUUUUCAGUCAAGUCUCACCAACAGCUGCUGUAGUUGGUGGCGUCUUAGCACAGGAAGUAAUCAAAGUUAUCUCAAAGAAAGAAGCACCUUUAUGCAAUGUGUUCUUGUUUGAUCCUGAGACUUGCUGUGGCUUCAUUGAAAAUAUACCGGCUAAAUAAACAUUGUCAAAAACAGUAAAUGUAUUUAAAAAAAUAAAACUUUUGUGUACUACAU